AUGUUCACUUCUGCUAAGUUUGACAGAUACACUUGCACUGCAGGAGAUGAAAUCCUUACAAAUAUGAGUAAAUACCAAAGGUUGAUUGGUAGGUUGAUCUAUUUGACUAUCACACGACCAGACAUUGUGUUUGUAGUUCAAACUCUCAGUCAGUUCAUGCAAGAGCCAAAAAAAUCUCAUUGGGAUGCUGCUAUAAGAGUGGUGAAAUACCUAAAGCGUGAACCAGGAAUGGGAAUAUUUCUAAGUAGUGUAGGUGCAGAUAGUUUGACAUGUUUUUGUGAUGCAGAUUGGGCAAGUUGUCCAAACACAAGAAGAUCUGUAACUGGGUACUUAGUCAAGUUUGGAAAUUCACUCAUCUCAUGGAAGUCCAAAAAGCAUCAUACAGUGUCGAGAAGAUGUGAAAAAACAGAGUAUAGAAGCCUAGGAGCUGUGACAGCAGAAGUAGUUUGGUUAUUAGGACUCAAAGCUGCUCUCCAGAUUGUAGCCAAUCCUAUCUUCCAUGAACGUACCAAACAUAUUGAGAUCGAUUGCCAUUUUGUGCGUGACAAGAUCAAACAAGGUGUACUCAACACACAGUUUGUGGGGACUGAAGAUCAGCUACUAAAGGUCUUGGAGUCUCAACAUGCAUUUCUAUUAGGCAAGCUUGGAGUGCUUAACAUUUUGCGCCAUCCAGCUUGA